UCUUUUAAACCUAUGCACUCCAGAUUCGGUGCCAGUGUGUUUGGUGUAGUGUUACGGAAACGAUGCUAAAAUCCGCUCUCCUGGUUGUUCUGUUGCCUGCUGUCGUCUUCGGCUUAGCCGUGCGACCUUGUGCAAACAAUGCUCCCACGCCGGUUGAGGUACGUGUCGUUGGUUGCACCGAAGAACCCUGCGUGAUUCCCAUAGGUGGUAUGGUCGACAUGGAUCUGGAUUUCCUUGCGGCUCGUACCAGUUCAUCAGUGGCUGCAACGCUUGACAUUUUCCUGGGAAAUUUCCGUGUGCCAUAUGACUUGCCAGUAGAGCAGCGAGAUGCAUGCAACUUCUUCAAUAAUCGCGGCUGUCCGAUUGAACAGGGUGAGAUGAUCAACUAUCACCUCAGCACACCAGCCUCCGCCCCAUUCGGGGGUAUCACUGUAGAUUUGCAGCUGCAGCUUACGGGAGACAACGGCCAGCCGCUCAUCUGUUUCCGUUCGUCUGCUCGAAUUAUGGCGUAAUAAAUCACUAUAAACAAAAUUAAACUGGAGAUCGAA